UUCCGAUCCCAACUUGCAGGAUUUGAAAAAAUUGAAAAAGACAAGCCCCACUUCCAUCAUUCUUCCGUAUCAAGUAGUACUUCCCUAUGAGCUAUAAAACCAUGGAAGAAGAAGCAAGUCCCAACUCCCAAGUAGUAGAGAAUAUAAGAAAUGGAGAAGAAGACGAAGGCGAAGAAAGGGUGGCUUGCGGUUGAGGUUGGACGACCGGAGGACGAUGAUGAACAAGGCUUUCAACGGUUCCCCAUCCCCAUAUCUUACCUUUACCAUCCACUUUUUCAGCAGCUACUGGACAAGGCUAGGGAAGUGUACGACUACGACACCACGGGGCCUCUAAAGCUGCCGUGCUCCGUCGACGAUUUUCUCAGUAUCAGGAGGCGCGUAGAGAAGGACUCCAUCUCCCAUCACCCAUCACCAUCAGUAUCGGCAUCAUCCUCUCGCCUUGGCCUUCCACCCUUGCUGAAACAUUUCAUCUUCUAAAUUCUAUUCUUCUCACCCGCAUACACUGGUUUUCCCCCUUCUUUUGUGAGGUGCAUAGUU